AUGCCGUCCAAGUCACUCGCAUCGACCGUCUCCGAUGAGCGAACGGAGAUUGAGAAUGCCGGGAACACUUACGAAGAUACGAUGUACAUGGAGCGACUGGGAAAGGUACAAGUGGUCCGCCGCAACUUUGGCUUCUGGACCAUCCUGGGCUUGACGACGAGCAUGUUGGCCACCUGGGAAGCAGUAUAUUUCGCCAAUAGCACCGCCAUGGUUGACGGCGGCCCUGCAUCCCUGGUGUAUGGUUUCAUUUACACCGCCCUCGGCGCGCUGACCACCGCGGCUUCCCUGGCGGAGCUGGCGAGCAUGUGGCCGACGUCUGGAGGGCAAUACCAUUGGACUGCGAUGCUGGCGCCAGAGAAGUACAAGGUCUUCUUGAGCUGGCUCUGCGGAUGGGUUUCAACGAUAGGAUGGAUUAGUAACGCAUGCGCAGGCGCCUUCUUCGUUGGAACGAUGAUUCAGGGAGUUCUGGUGCAGACCGAUGCUGGAUAUGAGCCUCAUCGCUGGCAGGGGACUCUGUUGAUUUACGCCGCCAUUUUCGUGGCUUUCAUCGUCAACAGCGUUGGCACAAGAUUACUCGCAGUUGUGGAAGGCAUCGUCUUCGUCCUCCAUCUCACCGGCUUUCUUGCCAUCUUGGUGCCGCUGCUCUACUUCAGUCGCAAGGGCUCUUCGGCCGCCGUAUGGGGAACCUUCACCGACGCGGGAGGAUGGGGAAGCGACGGACUGGCCUGGUGGAUUGGCCUGAUCGGCUCCAACCUCGUCUUCAUCGGGAUCGAUGGGCCGGCACAUCUCAGCGAGGAGGUCGCUAAUGCCGCAACUGUCGUGCCUCGCGCGAUGAUCGGUACGGUCUUGAUCAAUGCACCGCUGGGCUGGGCCGUCGCCAUCGCCUUCUCCUACUGCAUUGUGCCAACUUUCAACGCGGCUACCAGCAGUCCUACGGGCUACGACUACAUGGAGGUCUUUUACGCCGCCGUGGGACCCGCCGGGAUGAGCGGAAUGGCCAGCAUUCUGAUUGUAAUGGUGUGGUUCGCGACGAUGAACUUCCUCGCCACCGCAUCCCGCCAGACCUGGGCUUUUGCGCGAGAUCGCGGCUUGCCUUUCUCGAACUACUUCGCCAAGGUGAACAAACGGCUGGCCCUGCCACUGCGUGCCAUUGUGCUCUGCUCAUUAAUCGUCUGUCUCAUCGGACUCAUUAACAUCGGCAGCACGGCAGCGUUCAACGCGAUUGUGUCCUUGACUGAAGCGGGCUUGUUCCUGUCAUACCUCAUCCCCAUCACACUCAUCAUGGGCAAGAAAAUCAAGGGCGAGGAAGUAAAGUACGGCCCCUGGAAAAUGGGCAAGGCCCUGGGCAUUUUCACAAAUGGAUUUGCAGCGGUCUUCCUGGUCCUUUCAACCUUCUUCAGCUUCUUCCCGCCCGCAACGCCGGUGACGCUGGUGACCAUGAACUGGUCUAUUGUGGUGUUUAGUGGCUUUGUGAUUCUGGGAUUGGUGUGGUAUGCCAUUCGGGGGAGGAAGCAAUAUCACGGGCCUGUUGUUGAGCGAGCGGUGGUGUCGGUCGAGCCGAAGGUGUAG